UUGAUGGACAUGCCUACAAGCUCAAACGGAUUUUUCAUACUUUCAGAGCAAAUUAGGAAGGUUUAUUAUUGACCCAAACUAAAGUUCCGUACCUUUAGUUCCGCUUAGUUUUGCAAAGUCGGUGUGUUUUUAACGACGCACUUGACUCGUUGGAACAAACAUACGAAUCCGGUCAGGUGUCGUCAUGGAGUUUGCGGAGCUGAUCAAGACGCCCAGGGUGGACGGGGUGGUCCUCCAUCGGCCUUUUAUGCCCACCGUGGAGGGAACUUUAUGUUUGACGGGACAUCACCUCAUUCUGUCCUCCAGGCAGGAUAAUACAGAGGAGCUGUGGUUGCUUCAUGCCAAUAUAGACUCUAUAGAGAAAAAAUUUGUUGGCUCCCUUGGCAGGAUCAUAGUCAAAUGCAAAGACCUGAGAGUGAUCCAGCUGGACAUUCCCGGUAUGGAGGAGUGUCUCAACAUUGUCAGCUCCACCGAGGCUCUGUCCACGCUGGAUUCUGUCUCCCUCAUGUACCCUUUCUUCUACCGGCCCAUGUUUGAAGUCAUAGACGAUGGAUGGAAUUGUUUCAGACCUCAAGAUGCCUUUAAAGAUCUAGAGUCUAUGACGGAUGAAUGGAGGCUGAGUGAAGUCAACAAGGACUUCGGCGUGUGCCCGUCCUACCCUCCCCUUGUUGCUGUGCCCAAAUGUAUCGACGACGACGCCCUGAGGAAAGUAGCAACCUUCCGUCACGCCGGCCGCUUCCCCGUGCUCAGCUAUUACCACAAGAAGAACGGAAUGGUGAUGAUGCGAGCAGCUCAGCCUCUGACGGGCACCAACGGGCGGCGGUGCAAGGAAGACGAGAAGCUCAUCAAUGCCACCCUGAGGCCGGGCAAACGCGGCUACAUUAUAGAUACGCGUGCCAUCAACGUGGCCCAGCAGGCCAAAGCUAAAGGGGGAGGCUUUGAGUCUGAGGCAAAUUACCCCCAGUGGAGGAGGAUCCACAAGGCCAUUGAAAGGUCCAACGUGCUGCAAGAGAGCCUCAUCAAGCUGGUGGAGGCAUGCAACGACCAAUCCCACAACAUGGACCGCUGGCUCAGCAAGUUGGAGGCGUCCAACUGGCUGGCUCAUGUCAAGGAGAUCCUAACCACGGCCUGCCUGGCGGCCCAGUGCAUCGAUAGGGAGGGAGCUUCAGUGCUUGUCCACGGUACAGAAGGCACAGACUCCACCCUGCAGGUCACCUCCUUGGCUCAGAUCAUUCUGGACCCAGUCUGCAGGACCAUCAGAGGCUUCCAGGGCUUGGUGGAGCGAGAGUGGCUCCAGGCGGGUCACCCCUUCCAGCAGCGCUGUGCCCAGUCGGCCUACUCGAGCGGCAAACCUCGCCAGGAGGCUCCCGUCUUCCUGCUCUUCUUGGACUGCGUGUGGCAGAUCCUCCGGCAGUUCCCGUGCUCCUUUGAGUUCAGCGAGGGUUUCCUGGCACUGCUUUUUGAGCACGCCUACGCGUCGCAGUUCGGCACUUUUCUGGGCAACAGCGCCGCAGAGAGGUCGAAACUGUCCGUGCCUGAGAAGACCGUCUCCCUGUGGUCUUGGGUGAACCGUCCCCAGGAGCUGGAGCGCCUGACCAACCCGCUCUACGAGGCCAACGGCCUCGUCAUCUGGCCCUCGGUGGCCCCUCAGAGCCUGCUGCUGUGGGAAGUGUUGUCUUUAAUGACAGGAGUCUUCCUCCGCUGGAACCGCUCGUCCAAGUGUUUGGACGAGGCCUACGAGGAGAUGGUGCACAUCAUCGAGUACAACAAGGAGCUGCAGAGUCGAGUCAACCUCCUGUGCAGGCAGCUGGCCCAGCUGGAAACCGAGGAUCCUCUGCUGCAAACGCCCUAGAUGCAGCGCCAGGCAGGCGGAAGAGGUAGAAAACGGACCUGCGUUGGUCCGAAUGGGUUCAGAUACGAGGGAUUGGAUUAUUGUUUCAUGUUUACAUCACACACCUGAAGCUUUAUGUUUACAAUUCAUUGGUCACGCUAACACUAUGUGGACAAAUGUGUCAAUACACACCUCUUGAACAACCACACCAAUGCUUUUGUCCGUGUGGUGUAUCACAUCUUCCGUCCCGCGUCCCACGGAAUUUAAACUACUGAAGCGCAUGCAACACCGUAACUAUGGCAACAAAUAAGCACGCCGUAAGGCGGUACGUGGCUCGCCUGCACGUUGCUGUUGCACAGUGAGCGUGGGUGGGGUCAGCACCUAAGGCAUAUAGCGGGACUGACCCACCGUACUGAUUAUUGAAUAUUUCUAACGAGCACUACCACGCAUGGCAGCUUUAUGCACCUCGCAAGUGCUAGUAAUGUCAUGGAAAGUGUGCGGUGAUACCAGCGCAUUACUGCAACUUGCUGCAAGUAAAUAUGAGUUGGAUGCUGGGGGCGUAAAGAACGGUUGCCAAAAAGUCUUAAAAGCGUUUUAUUAUGAUAUUAAAACAAGGCACUUUGUGUUGGUAAUAUCCUCUACUGUGUCUAAGUCAAAGGUGAUCUGUGUGUUAAAGGGAUAGUUGGGAUUGUUUGACAUGAACUUGUAUGACAUCCCCAUCAACAGCCACUUACCCUCCACUUGGCCCCCCAAGUCCACUUCUGGUCAGAUGUCGAUGAUGAGAAAUGUAGUUAUGGUCCGUUAUUGGGGUUACUUAAGUGAAGCGUUUGGCUUCUGAAAACGAUAGGCGGUGGAAGGAGUAGUGAUGCCUCCUCGAAAAAUUCAGACCUCACAAAUUGCUGGGCUUUACUUUCUCUGACGUCGUAUUAUCGGAUGUCCAUCGUUGUGUGUGUGUGUGUGAUGAAGAUGCGUCUGCUGCAACUUGUUCACGUAUGUGUUCCACAGCGGAUGAAGAUGCAAAGGUCGCAGCCAUCUUCAUCACACGCACAACAACGGACAGCCGAUAGCGCGCACUAAUACAAUGUCAGAGAAAGUAAAGCCGAGCGAUUCGCGAGCUCUGUUUUUUCAAGGAGGCAUUUUUGUGGUGCAAAUGUACAACUCUUUCCAACGCAUGUUGUUUUGACAAGCCAAAGUCCUUAAGUAACCCUAAUAACUAACCAGAACUACGUUUCCAAUCACCAAGUGGGGGGGGGUAAGUCACCGUAUGUACUACACUGCUGAUGGGGAUGUUCAUGUGUUCACAACUUCAUGUGAAAAUAUCCAAACUAUCCCUUGAAGAAGAGCACAGUUACUUCCUGUUGGCAUGGGUACCGUGCAGCUCCUCUGGUACAGCAACUGAUGGUUUCAUGUCGCCUUCAUUGCUUUUGGCUGUGCACUAAGCCAACAACUAACACUCAAUGAUUCCAGCCACUACUUUAAACUGCUUGAAAUUGUACAUCCUAAAGAGUCUCUGCCUGCACAACACGGUUUACAUGUUGCCAAAUGUUUAAGUGAAGAAUGUUGUCCAGUGUAAGUAUGCAUCAUGUGCUCUGGCCAUGUCAGUCAAUAAAACUCUACAAAUA